UGGUUAUUUACAUGACAUGAUGUACUCUCAUUUUUAGUAUUUUAUUUCAACCUAUUAUUACUACUUUGAGUAUUUGUAACUUCUCUAGAACAUAUUUAUAAAUACUUUUUAUGGCAGUUGCAUAUUAUUCGUUAAAAAAUGGAAGCAAAGAUCUGUGAAGAAUCCUCCGAUUCAGAAGAGGAAAUUCUAGUUUUCGCGGAGUUCGAGGAUUCCGUUAACAUGGAAAACUAUCGAUCUAUACAUGUGCUUGGUAUUAGUGAGAAAAACCCUAUAAUUCAAUUAGAUGACACAAUAUUCACUGGCCAAUUAGAAAGUGCUCUUGGAACAUACAUGUUCUUCGCUAGAGAUGAAGCUCCACCUUGUGAGGAUCCUCUUUUUGACAAAGUGCCAAAGGAAAGUAUGAAGUAUAUUUGUAAAGGAGACAAAUACCUCAGAAUGAAGCAUACUUACAUUACUCCUAAAGAAGGAGCAGAAACAGAUAUUCCAAGUGAACCUGUAGAAGAUGAAGAUAAUUUGGCGCCAAUAAGUUUCAAAACAGUUCAAGAUGCAAUAGAUACCUUUAAAAUAGAGUGGAAAUCUAAAAUACAAGAAGCUGAUGUAAAAGUGAACCCCAACCUUGACAACAAUCCACUAUGUGAAGAUCAAGAUAUGACAGAUAUAGAUUUUAAGAGUGAGAUAGGUUAAUUAAAUUGGUAAUAUUUAAUUAUUAAUAAAUAUCUUAAUAUUAA